AUGCACCGCAAAAUCGAACUCCAAGCCCCCGCAGACUUCACCUACCUCUACGCCAACACCGUCACCCUCUCCCGCCAAAAACUAGACCUCCAUCUACCCCCCUCCGCGACAAACGAUACCGAAGAUGCCCCCGAUCCCAUGCGCGAGCGUGUCCGUGAAUUAGUCGAUGAGUAUAUAACAAAAACCUUCACAACCGCCUCCAACUCCGUCAACAUCAACGGCCUCGACGACCACGACCACACCUCCCUCUCCCUAAACCCCGUAACAGCCUCGCAAUCACUCCAAGCGCCCGCCGAAACAGUCGAGUAUGAGCCCUACGACACCGCGCUCGCGGCGCGGGUGACGUCGUUGUACGCGCAGUUGGAAUCGUUGACUACGACAGUGGCGCAGUUGAGGCGGGAUGCGCCGAGGAAGGCGGCGCGGAUGUAUGCGGAGGAAUUGAAUAAGGUGCUUGAGGGUGAUGAUGAGGAUGGGCUUGAGGAUGAGGAGUUUGGGGAGGAGGAGGGGCUGGCGAAGAGGGAGGAUGGUGGGGAUGUUGAGAUGGGUGGUGCUGGGUCGUCGACGCGGCGGAGACGACAUGUUAAGCCGGAGUGGAAGAUUGAGGUGCCCCUUGGAUCGGAGCAGGAGAGUGAGCGCUGGCGCAAUGGGGAAAUGGCCGAGGUUUACGAUGAUGCGUUGCGAACGUUACUCCGGCUUCAGGGUGAGGAUACAGACGCCGUAGUCGAUGCAGGGACUGAUGGGAAUGCGCUGGCAACGACGUUGGGCAAGGCAGAACGCGCGGAACGCGCGGCUGAAGUGGUUGAGAAGAUGUGA